GAUGAAGAUGCAAGCCGAGGUGAUCCGCGAGGGCGAGCUGGAGAAGCGGAGCGACAGCCUUUUCCAGCUGUGGAAGAAGAAGCUGGUGGUGCUGACCAAGGACAGCCUCAGUCUUUUCCCCGACGGGCACAAGCGGGCCAAGGGCAAGGAGCUGGGCUUCGGCUCCAUCCUCAAGGUGGACUGCGUGGAGCGGACGGGCAAGUACAUCUACUUCACCAUCGUCACCAAGGACCGCAAGGAGAUUGACUUUCGGUGCCCGGACCAGAGCUGCUGGAACGCUUCCAUUACCAUGGCGCUCAUCGACUUCCAGAACAAGCGGGCCAUCCAGGACUUCAAGAGCCGGCAGGAGAUGGAGCAGGCGGCGGGCGCCCAGGAGCGGCGGCUGGCCCGGGCGCCCUGAGCCCCCAGAGCUUACCACUGGAUGAUAAACCAGAUCAAGUGUCUUGGACUGAAAUGGGACAGGGUACCAAUGAAGGAAAGCGAAGAAGAGAGCUGGAAGCAGCUUGGUUUUCUCCAAGCCCGUUGAGGCUGCUGAGCAAAGAGCCCUGAGCUUUGCCUGAGAUGCAUUUAAAGAAAAACCAAAGACUUUCAUAAAGGACUUCUAGCAGAGCACCCACGUGUUGAGUGGGACAGCUUUGCGAACGACUAUCUUCUAUUUAUGAGACUCAAGGAAGAUUCAACACUGACUGGUGGUGUUAAACAAUUUAAAUUAUUUGUAGUAUCUAUAUUUGUAUUUAUUUUGAUGAAUGUCUUUCAGCAGUUACUGGUCUUAAUAUUGCUUUUGCAUUAAUAUGUCCAUUCCAAAUAAAUUACUUGAAAUGUUCAUUUUU